AUGAUGGAUCCGACAUCAUUCGGAUUUGUAGCAGUAAUUGCCGUUUUGAUCACUAUAAUUUCAAUUAUUGUCUUAAAAAUGUAUCCAAAAGAAACUGAUUUUGAAAAGGCUUACGGAGAAAAUGCAUUGCGAUUGCUUGCUGAGGAUCGUGUGACUAAGGCAAAAAGUGCAAAAAACAAAAAUAAAGGAAAAUAUGGUGAUAAGAAAAGAGAUUUUGUGGUGGAAGAAAAGCAAAAUCGAAAUGAAAAACCUGCAAAUGGUGAUUUACUCUAUGUUCCAUUAUCGACAAAUAGUCAUUGCGGAGCCGAUGAAUGGAAUGGUACGAAUGAUGGUGAAAAUGAUACAAAACUGAAUCGUAAGAAAUCCAAGGGCAAACAGCUGGUGACUGAAAUUAAGCAGCAUACAGAAUCGGCAAAAGAUGAGUACGUUGCUGUUACGAAGACUAUGGAAAGUUUAUCAGGGCAACGAGAUAGUUCUGAGAAGCUAAAUGAUGAGCCGGAACUAAAAUCUACUGUAAAGGUUCUUCAUGAUGAAAAUAAAGGCAACGAUGUUGGCGAAAGAAAAGCGAGGAAAAAGAAUCGUGCACGACGGAAUGACGAACAUUUACGUGAAAUCGUGAAAGGGGAAGUUAAAGUGGCAGAUGAAAAUCCAGCUGUAGAAAUCAUGACAUCUCUUGAAAAUGACGACAAAAACCUAGAAAAGAUGAAACCAAAGAAAGCAAAUCCAUUAAAAGAUAUUAAUACGAACAAAUUUCAAGCACGUUUGAAUGCUGUAGCAGACCUUGAGCCAGAAUAUAUCACAUUUCUCACGAAUUAUAUCAACAGUGUGAAUACACAGAAAGCCAAACUGGGUGAUCAAAUUGCUUUGAUGAAAAAACAAAUUGCCGACAAAGAUCGUCUCGUCUUACAGUGUACCGAUAAACUCACAGCAGCGGAACAAAAAGAUUCAGAAAUUGCUAUGCUUCAGAAAACAUUGGCCGAAGAGAAGAGAAAGUAUAAAUUAUUUGAACAAACAGUAUGCACUCAACUGAGCAAUAAUGCACAAGAAAAGUCGUACUUACAGCGUAAAUAUGAUCAGCUGCAAGGAGAAUUUGGUGCAUUGAGGGAAGAGAUGAAAAAAGCACAAUCUGUAAUUCACUCGACUCCACCACCCGUUGAUACUAAACCUUAUCAGCAACAAAUUGACAGACUGAAAACUGAGUUAGCUUCAAGUAAAAACCGUUGUUCGCAACAGGAAUUGGAAUUGAAUCAGCGAUUGCAAACACUACAACAAAUAAGAAAAGAAUUACAGAAUCAAGAUUGCCAAAUUGAACAUUUGAGCAAAACGAAUGCUUUACUCGAGAAACGUUUGCAAGAUGUUGAAGGCAAUGCGAAAGCAGAACGUGAUACGCUUCAGAUGAAAUUGCAAAGCACAAUGAAAGUGGCAGAAGAAUUAAGUAUAGUGACCUCCGAGAUUCGAGAUGAAAUGUUGCAACAGAAAGGAAAUGCAGAAACAGCAGUUCAGGAACGAGAAAAACAUUGCGAACAAAUUCAUGUUUUAAAUGCGCAACUUAUGGAUGCAAAUCGAGAACGCAUGAGAUAUAUGAAUGAUUGUGCUACAUACAGUGAAAAAUUGACCGAAAUGGAAACUACAAAUGCAGAGUUAAGCAGUAAACUGGAAGCACUGCAGAGCGCAACUGCAACGAGUGAUGCAAAUUGUGGUGAAUUAAAGAAGGAAGUUGAAAAAUACCGAAAACAGCUUCAUGAUGUUAUGGAAGCCCAUGAUAACGAUAUCACCAAGCUAAAGAAUGAAUUAGAAUAUAUGCAGGAAGAAAAGGAAAAAUAUGCUAAGCAGAUGUCUGUCGACAUUUCUAAGGAAAUGGUUGAAGUUGCAAAGUGUCGUAAAGAGUUGAGUGAAUUUAAAAGCGAAUACAAUAAAAAACUAAAUCAUAUUGUCUCUCUGGAAGAGGAGAUCGCAAAAUAUAAGGAAGCUGAGAUGAAAAGAGAAACACUAAUAUCUUCUUGUAAUGAUGAUGGUAUGCUAGAGAAAAUGAUAAAAAACGAAGUUCAGUCGGCAGCAAAGGAUAAUGUUGCAGUUUGUGACGACAAGAUUAAUUUGGAAAUCAAUGAAUUAAAAAUGCAAAACGAGGAAUUACGUAAGAUAAAUUAUAAAAUUGUAGAAAUUUCACAACAACAGGAAGCUAUUUUCAAGAAACACUUGGAAGAAAUAGAGAAAAAUCAUGUGAAAGCGCUGCAACAGCAUUGUUGUAAUGUAUUCAAGACUCUCUGUGCAAUUGCACCGCAAAAUACAAAAUUGCCAAGUGUACCGGUUAUUUGCGAUAUGGAUCACUUUUACAAAUGGUUGAGAGAUGUCGAGGACGUGAUGAAGAAGAACGAAAAUGUGAAGCAGAUCAGUAAGAAUAAAGGUGAUGACAGCGAAAAUAAGAUAAAUUUGAAGAAAGUUGCGGAGCUGGAAGCAAAUAAUCGAAGGUAUCGAUCAGCACUUACUAACCUUUCUUCUCACAUCGAUGCAAUUGAGCAAGAAGCGAUGUUGAAGGAAGAAGUAUAUCUUAGUGAAAUUUCACGUUUACAACAUGAAAUAAAUGGGCAACUCAAAAAGCAACUAGAAAAUGAACACAAACGAAAAUUGGAACUUGUUUCUCAGGCAUCUAAAAUUUAUGAAGUAAUGAAUAGACAGCAAAAAAAGCAUAGUAACAAUGAAGUGGUGGUAGCAGAAUCACAAGAUGAAAAAUGGAAGUGCAUAUGA